AUGAAGCUCUGCGUGAGUGGAAGCUCAUUGCUGGAGCAGAAGGAGGACUUGCGGAAGCGGCUUUCCUACACAACACACAAGCUGGAGCUUCUGCAGAGCGAGUUUGACUCCACACGGCAGUACCUGGAGACAGAGCUGCGUCGUGCACAGGAGGAACUAGACAAGUUCACUGAUAAACUGCGCAGAAUACAAAGCAGCUACUCAGCACUGCAGAGGAUCAACCAAGAUCUGGAGGAAAAGAUUCACAGAAAUACCCAGCACCACGAUGACGAGAAGCGAGCUCUGAGCAGAGAGAUCAUCGUCCUCAACAACCACCUGAUGGAGGCCAAGCUCACCAUCGAGAAGCUGCAAGAGGACAAUGAUCUGUACAGGAAGGACUGUAACCUGGCUGCUCAGCUUCUCCAGUGCAACAAGUCUCUUUACAGGGCGCAGCUCUCUGAGCUGCCUGCUGAUUUUCAGGAGCGACUGACCAUGCACAUGGAAGAGUCACCUCUCUGUACCUACUCUGACACUGUCCCAGCCUCUCUAAUUGCCAAAGUGCUCGAGAAGCCUGAUGACGCUUGCAGCAGCAGCCAGGCCUCUCGCUCACCCAGCCCCCAAGCCCAGGAGCACGCGUUCAUCUUGGAGAGCUUGGGCCCAGGAGGGCGCCUGGGGCUUCGAGCAGCCUACAAAUCUGACCUUUACAGCAGUGACACGGCCCUGUACUGCCCUGAUGACAGGCAUCGUGAGAGGAGGCCCAGCAUGGACCUCCAUGGCCAGAGGAAGCUGCUGUAUGGACCCCAGAACUCCACCGACAGCAAUCCAGAAGAGGGCUCGGUGGGGUUAAGGCCUGGCUUCUCCCAGGAGCAUUUUGCUAAGUUCCCUGCCACACUGGGCGCAGGCUCCAGCUCCUACUCCAGCUUCAGUGGAGGGGGAUCUGAAGACAAAGGCAAUGGCCCUCCCAGCAGUGCAGCUUCCUCCCCGCACCAUCACUCCCUCUACAUGGACUGGAGAGAUGCAGGGGACUAUGAGAGAAAGAGUGACUCAUCCUGGGAGAGGGACAGUCCAAGAGGCUUUGCCAACGCUCAUCCUUUCCAGCAGACGGAGCUGAGCCACCACCAGAACGGCAGCUCUCCUGUCUACAGUCGCACCAUGUCCUCCUGUUUCAGUGAGCCCUAUGAGCCACUGCCUCCAUCCUCCUCCCCAAGCGUUGCCUACGGGGACAGUCGUCGAGGCAGCACAUUAGCCCCAGAAGAGGACGAGCUGAUUGGCCGAUGGAGACAACUUAGCGUGGAGGACUUAAGUGCCCACACUUACCGCAGUCCAGGCCGGGCCUCGCCCUACAGCUUCUCAGAGCAGCACUUCUCCGUCCGGCCAGCGAAGAUCCGACUCGGGCCCCUCUACAGCAGCUUCCAGGAAGGGGCUGACUAUUACCAUCACGGAGUGGGUGUCAUGGACCCAGUGUGGGUCGAUGCCAGCCCCAGCCCUGAAUGCAGCCCAGGACUGCGGCAGGCCCACAGCCAAGCCCACCUGUACCGAGCUGAGGACAGCCAGGGUUCGGAGCACAGCCUCUACCACUCAGGGAGCUCCAAAGACAGGGAGGGCAAUGUGGCAGCUGGAGGCCAAAGCACGGAUUAUGUAGAUCCUAGUCCCAACAGCUCCACCGAGUCUCUCAAUCAGAGGUCCCUGGAGAUGGCCGCAGAAAUGCAGCACUAUCAAGCGGAGAUGCACAGCCUGCCUGCACAGGUGAGCCAGUCACCACCUCCAGUCCCACCCCCUCCUCCUCCGUACAACCAAAAAUUUGGCUCCCUGGGACUUUCCAGGAAGGACAGUCUGACCAAGGCACAGCUAUACGGAACACUUCUGAAUUGA